UCUCCCACCAGCUUUAAACAGCAUCUUUUUUAUCUUUCUUCAAAUUGUUGAACUCAUGGCUUCUUCGCCAUCUUUUCACAUGUAUAGCCUACCAACAUGCAUAAUGUGUUUAUGUGUGUUAAUUGAGACAACUUCAGGUCAACUUUCAGCCAACUUUUAUGGUAGCUCAUGCCCUAAUUUUAGCUCCAUCAUAUCAAGUGCUGUGAACUCCGCGGUCUCAAAUGAAGCUCGAAUGGGAGCUUCUUUACUUCGUCUACAUUUCCAUGAUUGCUUUGUUAACGGUUGUGAUGCAUCAGUGCUACUUGAUGACAGUGCAAAUUUCACAGGAGAAAAAACAGCUGGACCUAAUAAUAAUUCAUUGAGAGGAUUUGAUGUUAUUGACACCAUCAAAUCUCAACUAGAGAAUUCAUGCCCAGGAGUCGUCUCGUGUGCCGAUAUGUUAGCAGCCGCUGCACGUGAUUCCGUUGUAGCACUCGGCGGGCCAAGUUGGAACCUGACGUUUGGGAGGAGGGACUCUACAACCGCUAGUUUAAGUGCCGCAAAUUCCAACAUUCCAGCACCUACUUUGAACCUUAGUGGUCUCAUUACAUCCUUUUCAAACCAAGGAUUUACAACUAAUGAAAUGGUUGCUCUAUCAGGAUCUCAUACUAUUGGCCAAGCAAGGUGUACAGUGUUUCGAGCUCGCAUCUACAACGAAACCAACAUAAAUUCAUCACUUGCUACAUCAUUAAGAGCGAAUUGUCCAUCAAGUGGUGGUGACAAUAAUCUGUCUCCGUUAGAUGUUGUUUCUCCCACGUCAUUCGACAAUGCAUACUUCAGUAAUUUGUUGAACCAAAAUGGUUUAUUGCAUUCUGAUCAAGAGCUUUUUAAUAAUGGUUCAACUGAUGCCCAAGUAAGAACAUACAGCUCAAAUGCGGCAACCUUCUCGACUGACUUUGCAAAUGCAAUGGUCAAGAUGAGUAACCUUAACCCAUUGACGGGAUCAAGUGGCGAAGUAAGGACCAAUUGCCGAAGAACGAAUUGAUUACUUCUUAUAUUUUGGAAUAUGAAGUUAUUUCUUAAAUAAAAUUCUUGAAACAAGGAUAUUGUGUGUGAUGAGUUGCAAUUGUACUUUGUUCUAUAGUAUUAUAAAUUUUUUUAGAAGUUCACUGAGUUA